ACGUACGGAAAGGCCAAGGCAAAGCCAAUCAACGCGGCUAAGAAAACCUCUCUCUCUCUCUCUCUCCCUCUCCUUCUUCGUUGUUUCCCCAAAUCUCGAUCCCCCUACCUCUCUAUUGCUCGUAAACCCUAAAUUCGCUCGAUCGCUGACUCUCAAGCCCUGCCAUCAAUUUCACAGAAGAUCGACCAUGUUUUCUCGGCUCUUUGGCAAACCCAAGGAAGAGGCCAAUGCUCUUACCACGUUAGACAAGUUAAACGAGACACUUGAAAUGCUUGAAAAAAAGGAGAAAGUACUCCUGAAGAAGGCUGCUGGAGAAGUUGAAAAGGCCAAGGAAUUUACCAGAGCAAAGAACAAGAGAGCGGCUAUACAAUGUUUGAAGAGGAAGAGGCUCUACGAACAACAAAUUGAGCAGCUUGGAAAUUUCCAACUGCGAAUCCACGACCAGAUGAUAAUGUUAGAAGGUGCAAAAGCUACAACAGAGACCGUGGAUGCAUUGAGAACUGGAGCAUCUGCAAUGAAGGCCAUGCAGAAAGCAACUAACAUUGAUGAUGUGGAUAAGACCAUGGAUGAAAUAAACGAGCAGACCGAAAACAUGAAACAGAUUCAAGAAGCAUUGGCUACACCCAUUGGUGCAGCGGCCGAUUUUGAUGAGGAUGAGUUGGAAGCAGAGCUUGAAGAAUUGGAAGGUGCCGAGUUGGAGGAACAGCUUCUUCAACCUGCCACAACGGCUCCUGCAGCCCCAGUGCAAGCACCAGCAGGCAGGAUACCAGCUCGUGCGGCUCCUCAGAAACGCACCGCCGAGGAAGACGAACUUGCAGCAUUACAGGCAGAAAUGGCACUUUGAACAGGUUGUUUUUCUUGUCUUUUUGCCUGUAAUUUGAUCGAUUGUUGUGGCAAUGUUGUGUCAGUUGACUGAUUGGUGAGCUGUAAGUCAUCCAGUCAUUGGAAUCUCUCUCCACCUAGAGCUGUAGACUCUGAUUAUAUUGUGUAUAUUAUGAGGCCAUCAUUUGCUUUAGAACAUCUGCACACUUCUAUACUGAUGAUAAUAUAUUGUUGUAUUGAAGUAGAAUGAAAUUGUUGUUAAUUCU